AUUGGCAGUAAAUAUUUAAAUAAUUUAAUAAUUUUUUUAAGUGAUUAAAUUGUAAUAUACAAUUUCCGUAUAUAAAUAAUUUUAAAAACCGAAUAUAAUAUUCAAAUUAAAAAAAAAGCAACUACGUAUAUAAAAGAUUUUAGCUUCACGACGCAUAAAAUUAAACAAAGAUAUUUUGCAUACCUAUCUACAUACUUACCUUCAAAAACAACAAUUAUAUGUUUUUUUUUAUUUUAUGACGAUAUUUACAAAAAAAUUCGAAUAAUUACUUGGUAUUAUGGAAGUAAAAGAAGUAAAUAAACUGGCAAACUUAUUACGAGAUUCGGGGGACAAAAUUCUUAAUUCCGAGUUUAAAUUAACUUUAUCUGGUUCUCUACUUAAAUGUUUGAAUGAUUGUUUUUCCUUGAUAACACACGAAUCAGACACAAAUACAGAAAAUGGUUUCCAGGUAGUAAGACCAAUAAGUAUAAAGUUAAGUGUAGUGCAAGAUCUUCAACUUAUUUAUGAUUUUGUUCAAAAAACAUUGUCUUUAUGUAUAACAAAUUAUGCAGGGGAAGAGAAUUUCAAAGAAACAGUGGACCUUAAGAAAUUUCGCAGUUUAGUAAAAUUAGAAAUUCAAAAAUUCGAUUUGAAUCAAAUAGUUGGUUUACAAAAGCUGCGUCCUACACUACAACAAUUAAUAUGUACAAGAUGUUUAAAAAAUGUUGAUGAUAUUAUUGUAUAUUGCGGGAAAGAUAAUGCUAUGGGAUUUGUUUGGAAUGAAUUAAGAAUAGCUGACUUUAGUUAUAACGCUUUAAAAAAGUGUGAUCAUGCACUAGAAUUUGCGGCUUAUUUGCAAAAUUUAAAUUUAAGUCAUAAUCUUUUGACAAGCGUCGAAGCUAUUAAAUGGCUUCCACAUCUAAAAAUUUUAAAUUUAAGUUUCAAUCGAUUAAGUUCUAUCCCAAUUUUUCAUAUAGAAGCAAACCGUAAAUUAAAAAUUCUUAUUAUAAACAAUAAUUUGAUUGAGGUAAUUAGUACCUGUCGAUUAGAGUCUCUAACUAAUUUCGAUUUAUCAAACAAUUUUUUGUUGGACCAUUCGAAUUUAUUACCAUUAAGUACAUUUUCGGCAUUGAAUUGUUUAAAUCUUACCGGAAAUCCUUUGUUUUUUCAUCCGAAACAUCGUGAAAUAACUGCUAAAUACCUACAUGAAAACACUUCAAUAAGAAAAUUUGUAUUAGAUUUCGAGCCCCUGUCAAAAUAUGAAAAAUCACUAACUGGAAAAAUCAAAAGCUUUAACCCGCUAUAUUCGACAAGAAGUUUUACACAAAUUAAUAAAUCAAGCGGCUCUUCAACUCCUUUACAGCGAUGCGAAAGAGAAGGAGACUCACGAAGUACAAGCUCCAUCGAUAGUUUUAAAGCAGAGUUGAAUACUACCAGGAAAAAAUAUGAGCCUGCAAGACGUUUAUUUAAAAAUUCUUCAAUCAUUGAUUUGGAAUCACCUUCUAAUGCAUAUCAAUCAGAAGAAACGAAAAGUUUUUUGGAAACUAAAAGUAAAAUUGAGCAAUUACGAAAAGAGCAUGGUUCGAAUUGGUUGCAAGAGCAACGUUCCAAAGACGUAUUUGAAAAUAUAUUAGGCUUAAAGCAAACGUCGAAUCAAAAAGACAAAAUAAUUCCAGAAGAUUUAUUUAACGAAUUUUUAAAUUCUACAAAUAUGUUAAAUGUUAAUAGCAGUACUUGUAGUGUUAACACUUUGACUUCUGAUUUUCCUGGAGAUGAUAUUGCUUCAAAUCUCAAUAUUGAAUCGUCCCAAAAUAAUGAAAGUAAAACAGGUGAUUUUAAAGAAACCAUUCACUCUGAAGAUACAAAAUCGAUAGAGAAUGUUUGCGAAAGUGCCAAUGAUAAAAAUUCAAAUACAAUUGGUACAGAAAAUACCACAUCAUAUCAAUCCACUAUAGAAGGAAAUGUGCCAAAAGUCGAUAAAUUAGUUUCAUUGUUUGAAAAAACCCAUAUAGUUUCAGAGGACGAACAAUUUUCUGAGUCUGAAGAUACUACAGAUUUUUAUAUUGCUUACACCAACAAUAGCACCGAUGAAAUAUUUCUAACAAUUUCUGAUUCAAAAAUUAGAGAAAGAGAUGCUCUUACUAAAAGAACAUUAGAAAAGUGGAGUUUAAAAAUUCUAGAAAGUUGCGAUCGAAUUAAGUCAGACACAUUGCGUAUUAAUUUUGAUACAAUUCGAGAACAUAAAAAGGAAAGGCUCUAUAAAAUAGAGGAAAGUCGUUGUCAGGAAUUAGAAAAAAAAUUACGUGAAAUUUUAUCAAAGAGACAAUUGUCUGAAAUGAACCAAACAAUAUAUAAUUGUGUUCAAUGUUUAUGCCAAUUUUCGAGAGAAAACUCGAAUGACUACAAAAUAAAACUUAAAGAUAUUGAAUGUCCUGAAUGCAAAAGCAAAUUCAUAGCAGAAGUUACAACAAACGUCUUAAAGAAAAAUAGCCCCAUACAAACGCCUGUCGUUAAACUAAAUUCCGAAAUUUUAAAAACUUUUUCAGAAGAAAACUCAUCAGUAACAAAUCCUGACACAUUAUCUUCUGUUUCAGAAACAUGUAAGAAUAACGCAUUACAACAACAAGUUGAAACACAAAAUUAUACUCAAAUAAAAGAAGGAAAUAGCGAUCAAGAAAUACAAAAUGAUCUUCCACUCGUGGGAAAUGAAAAAAAUCAUUUAGAAGAAAGCUCGUCUCAUAGCAGUAUAGGUAAAGGAGUUGUGUGGAAACAGUCUAAUAAGCCUUUAAGUUCUGCCGGAUCACUUAUCGAAUCAUCAUCAUGCUCAAAAAUAUCACAAAAUUCUUUUGAUUCUAAUCAAAGUGUAGCUGGGAGCUCAUCAAACGAACGUGAUAAUGAUUUCAAUAAUAUGGAAAUUAGUAGCAAUAAAUAUUAUAAUGAUAGCGAAGUUGAAAUUUUAAGUAAUCCAAGUCAAAGUAGUAUUGAAGUACUUGAUGGUUUUCAUUCAAGCAGAAAAACUUCCGAAGAACGCAGGGUAUCGAGAAUACCAUCCCUUGAAACUAUUGAGGAUAGUAGUAUUAGAAAUUUUAGCUUUAAAAUUGGUGAAGAUAACACAACAAUGGAUUUAAUAUCUGGUGUCGGUUUAAUGAAUGAUAACAAUAGGACAAUAACGAGUAAAGAUAUAACUGCGGAGUUUUUAAAAAAAGAAAUAAAAGAAACACUAGCUAAGCAACAAAAAAAUAAUGACGAAGUGGAAAAUACUGAAAAGAUUAAUAAACGACUGGGAAUAAUUGAGAAAAAAAUUAGUACUGGUCAAUUAAACUUGACAGAGAGCAGUUCAUCAGGCUCUGUUACUGAUAGCAUUUGUACAACAUAUGAACAAGAGAAUAAAAUCAAUAAUGAUAUUGCAACUACUGCAAAAAUUGAUGGGAAAGAUGAAAAAGAAGCGCCAUAUAUGUUUAACAUUUUAGGAGGUCUAUUUCAGUCAUCCAACAAAACUAUCUCUAAAUCUGAAAAAUCUUUAGAUAGCGAUGUAUUAAAUGCUACUGAGAAAUUUAAAUAUAAUUAUAAUAAUUUCGAUGAUAUUGAUCAUCGAUUAAAAUUUUAUUUUGGAGUAAAUAAGUUUAAUAUUAAAAAUGAAUAUUUCAAAUGGCUAGUUAAAUGUAAAUUUUUUGACGGUAAUACUUUAAGAUAUUUCAAAGCGAUAGUUGCGAUGUCAACUUGUAAGUUAUACAUAAUGGAAAUUAUUGGAGUAGAGAGCGAUGAUCCAGCAAAAUGGUUAAAAGAAAUAUUAAGUGUGUCAAAUGAUAGAUUAGAAUCUCUGCAAUUGUUACCUUUUAAAGCUGGUUUAUCAAUGGCUAUAAGAAAUUAUAGCGAAACAUUUCUAAUGAUAUUACAAGAUAUAUCACGUACGGAUAGUUUAAUGUUAUUUUUUACAAAUAAUGCUUUGCCUAAUAAUUGUAGUUUAGAAUAUCAACCAUCCGAAAUUGUGAUAACAAAACUUUUGAGUUUAACCGGAAAAAAUAAAUUAAAAAUGUUUGCGAUAUUAAAUUCUUGUGAAUAUAAAGCAUCAAGUAACGAUACAGAUAGUCAAUUUAUUUCACCAGCCGGAUUUUAUACAACAGAUGAUCAUUUGUAUUUAACUUCAUCCAAUUUAUCAUGGCUAUCAGAAAAUUUAGAUAAAAGUAUUACAUUAUGUUCAGUUCAAAAAAUGAGUAAUUUAGUUGAAAUUAAAAAAUUGGAAAAUAAUAUUUUAGAAAUAUGUUUUACUGAUGAAAGAAUUGAUAGCCAUAAUACUUGGAAAUGUACAUUUGGAACUCAAGAAAAUGCGGAUACAUUUUUAAAUGCUAUCGAACAAUCAUGGGAAAAAAUUUUUGGUGUGCCUUUAUUGAACAAUUAGUUGAAUAAGAAAAUAUAAAAGUAUAUGUGUAUGAAAAUAUAAUAAUCAAAAUUUGCUCAGUUUUAAAAAUAAAAAGUUAUCAUUUGAAAUUUUAUAAAAUAAAAACAAAUCUCAUAUUUUUUUCGUUUGCAAUUUUCUGAAUAAAGAGUAUAUUAUAAUGUUAAUUAAACAGGGAAGCAAUACGAUAUAAA